AUGAAAAAAUUGGCUGCUCUCCUGGUUGCUCUUGGCAGCGUUUUCAUGGCCAACGCUUACUGCAUUUAUAACAAUGCCAGUAUUCCAGUUUAUGUAGAAAUUGGUUCUGACCCUUUUACUAGCUUCAAACAAACUAUUGGCCCAGGACAAAACGGUUGUUGCAAUUGGCAAACUGAAGGCUGUAAUCCGAGUACGAACAGAGAUGAAGCUUUACCUAUGAUGAUUUCAAGCGCUUGUGGGUGUUAUAAUCAAGGGCAGGUUAUUGCAGGUUACUCGUGUACGUUUUUUGGUGAUAACAAGAAUUGCCCUAAAGAUCAACCCACUUCUAUGAACGUCACUUGCGACGGUUUUGGUACAGAUGUGCGAACAAAUGUGCUUAUAGGUUGUUAA